AUGCUUGCAAUUAUACUUCCUCUGGUAUUGAAAUUCGUCAUACUUGCACCAAAGAAGCGGGAUAUCACCACAGCAACAUCACUUUCAUCAAUGGCAAUGUCACCUUCGCCAACGGCAAUAACACCAUUAACAACAGCUACGACUACAACUCAACAAUCAGGAUCGACCUAUGUUGGUAGUAUGAGCUAUCCAAGAGUACGGCACACAGCGGCAAUAUUAGCAAAUGGAAAAGUACUAGUUACUGGAGGGCAUAACGAUUAUGAUAGUUUAGCCAUCACCGAAUUGUAUGAUUCAUCAACUGGAACUUGGACAACUACUGGUAGCAUGAACGAUCCACGAGAUUGGCACACAGCGACCUUAUUACUAAAUGGAAAAGUGUUAGUUACUGGCGGACAAUAUAAUAGUGAUAGACUAAGUACUGCCGAAUUAUAUGAUCCAUCAACAGGAAAUUGGACAACCACUGGUAGCAUGCAUAUUCGACGAAUGUCACAUACAGCAUCCUUAUUGACAGAUGGAAAAGUGUUAGUUACUGGUGGAAAUGAUCUUGAUGUUCUAAGUAGUGCCGAAUUGUAUGAUCCAUCAACAGGAAAUUGGACAACUACUGGUAGUAUGAAUAGUCGACGAGUGCAGCACAGAGCAUCCAUAUUAACAAAUGGAAAUGUAUUAGUUACUGGUGGAGUAAAUUCUGUUGAUGUUUUUAGUAGUGCUGAAUUGUAUGAUCCAUCAACAGGAAAUUGGACCACUACUGGUAACAUGACAGGUCAACGAUCGAAGCAUGCAGCAUCUGUAUUAACAAAUGGAAAAGUACUCGUUACUGGUGGAUUUAAUGAUGAUGCUUUACAUAGUGCUGAGUUGUAUGAUCCAUCAACUGGAAAUUGGACAACUACUGGUAGCAUGGAUAAGGUACGACGUGAUCACACAGCAUCCGUAUUAACAAAUGGGAAAGUGUUAGUUACUGGUGGUGGAGGAACUUUUGGUGAUUUUUUUAGUAGUGCCGAAUUGUAUGAUCCAUCAACAGAAACUUGGACAACUACUGGUAGUAUGCAUAGUCAACGAAUGGAGCAUACAGCAUCCUUAUUAACAAAUGGAAAAGUGUUAGUUAGUGGUGGAGGAAGUGCUGUCGUGGUUUUAAGUAGUGCUGAGUUUCUUGACACCGAUACAUCUCAACAACAACUUCCAUCAGCUAUGAAGGUCGCCAACUGGAUUCGAAAAGUAGUUCAACAACAAUCAUCACAAUCAGUCGGUGAUUUUUCCCUGUUUAUUCCUACUGAAAUAGAACGUCCACGUGCAUUACCUGAUUGUUGUGCUUUAGUAUUACGUUAUGUACCUGCUGAAUUAUCAAAUGAAUUUGUAUUUAAAGAAAUAGUUAAAUCAAUUAAAUCAACAGUUACAUUUUCAAAAAUUAAGUAUUAUCAUCCUCGAUCAACUAAUGAUUAUAGAUUUUGUGUUACUGAUGAUAAUGAAUAUGACGAAAUAAUUAGUAUUGGUCGUUUAGCAAUUGGUCAUAUACUUCUUCCAGUUACUGCUUUUAUACCUGGUCUUAAAAUGACAUACUGUACCAACUGCUGGGAACUAGGUCAUUUUCGUUCACAUUGUCAAGUAAGUUCACAUUGUCGAAAAUGUUUAGAUGCAUGA